CUCAUUUACUGUAAACACUGCAGGAACACUACGUAGAAGCAGGAAGUUACAGAUAUCAACACGAGCGUCUGUUACUCAGUCUCUGGCCGUUUUAUUCCCUCACAAUGAUUCUUCUUCUUCGACCAGUUUUGGUGAUAAUCUGCGUUUCGUCCGCGGUGACGAUUCAAUCAUGGCCUCCUUUCAACUGCUCCCAACAGGGUUUGAGGUGCACAGUCACAACAAGUAACUGUAUGGAUAAGGAUUGGCUGCGUGUUAAUGUCUACACUCCCAGUGGUCCAGAGGACCUUAACGUGAGCAUCAACACCAGGCAGGACGAGAUGGGACACCUGCAUCCCGUUCUUGUUGCUAACUGGAAAAUAAAGGAUGAUGGCAGUGUUAGCUACCUGAUAGCCAGCGAGCUUCAUGUUCUGGUAAUGUCCACCAACGAGAACCUGUGUGUCCGAUAUACCUUCAAAGAUAAACUCUCAAUGAGAAGUCCGACACAGGAAAAGUGGUCAUUGUCAGCCAACAUGCUGGUGGACCCUGGUCAGAUGUAUCAGGUCUCUGUCUUCAACAUCCCCAAAACGGAGGUUGGCCACAGCCCCUCUGAUGUCACCACUGAUGUCACCACACCUGGUUGUCGGGAUCCAAAAAUGCAGAUGACGAAGUUUUGCAUUGAGAGAGGAAGCCUGUGGCAGCCAAACAUCAGUCUGACUGCAGUCAGUGGAAGAUCUGCUCUGGAUGUCAGCUUUACUCCUGACACGCUCUGUGAGGUCUACGUCAUCAUUGUUAGCUGCUCCAAAUACCAAGAUGUUAGGCGCACACACAAGGCCAAUCAUAAGACCCUGAAUGUAACAUUUCAUCUGGAUAAAUAUCCAAAAUUCUGCUGCCAGUUUGAUGUUGAGAUCAAACCUCUUUUCCCACAAUGUGGCCAGGACUGUGCACGUCGAAGGAGAACUCUUGAUAUUUGUCCUGAGCCAACAGAUGCCCGCAGUGACCCGGUGUACACAUUCGUCAUCAUGGGAGUGGUGUUUCUGUGUGGGGUCACAGCAGUUAUAAUGUACAUCCUCUGCCGGAAGCGAGGCAAACCUAGUGUUACUGCAACACCUUUGGUAGGUGAGAUACCACAGGAGCAGCAGGUUAAACAGCCACCCAAAGUGCUGGUCAUCUACUCCCAGGACCACCGCCUCUACAGCGACGUAGUAUUAAAGCUCUGCACCUUCCUUCAGGCCAAGUGUGGCACUAAGGUGCUAGUGGACUUGCUGGACACCACCUCGGUUGGCAUGGUGGGGCGCCUUCGCUGGCUUGAGUGGCAACGGCAACAGCUAAGAAAUCCAUCUGACAAAAUCCUUGUACUGUGCUCCCGAGGCGUUCAGGCCAAGUGGAAGGCCAUGUGUGGUCAAGGCCGUGUGACUCUGAGGGAAGAUGUUCUCUCCCCUACUGACGACAUGCUCACUCCUUUUCUCAACCUCUUCGUACCGGACAUGCAUCAGGUCGGCAUGCUGGGCAAGUACUUGGUGGCUUACUUCGACGACAUCAGCGGGGAACAAGACGUGCCAUCAGUUUUUGACAUCUUAGUCAAAUACAAGCUGAUGAAGCAUUUUGAAGAACUGUACUUCCGCAUCCUAGACAUUGAGAAGUAUCAGCCAGGUCAGGUCAACCAGAUCAAGGGCAUUGGUGGGGACGAAUAUUUCAACUGCCAAUCAGGUAGAGCGCUGAAAAAGGCAAUCGACACCUUCAAGGCCUAUCAGUUGGAAAAUCCUGACUGGUUCAAAAAGGAGUGUGUGAACAGUGAGGAGGAGGUCAUGACUGAGGCCAAACGACACAUAGGCCAGCUGCAGAUCCCUCCUGUCCUAGAGAAUGUUCCUCUUAUACGAUAUGGACCUUCUCCCUACAUCAAUGAGGUAGAAAUCCAAGACAAUGGUGACAGUCUUGUUGUGCUUACACCUGAACUAAACCCAAAACGCAAACUAUCAGCAGCAGCAGUCGACCUUAAGCACAAACAUCAGUAUUUGUCAAACUCCAAUGAGGUGUUGACACAUCACGUCUAUCCCCACAGCCCCGGGUCAGAAUCUGUCUACAUAGUUGAGCCGGUGUUGAACAACCUCCAACCACCAAGACAGAACUGGCUAUCCCUGCAUGCCAAACCCUUUGAUCAAAUGCCCACAGAGGAUGAGGAACAGGAUUCCAUGCUCCUGAUGGGCCUACCUUCUGCGUGUUCAGAGAAGAAAAGCUCAGCCCCACAGGACUCGGUCAACUUAACACCUCAAGAAUUCUCGUGUGCCAGCAUUCAGAGAGAAUACUUCCAUCAAUCCCAAAUCAGAAACUCUCAGGCUGUAGAGAUGGAGGAGGACGAGGUUCUGGAGCCCAUUAGAAAGCCCCCCUGCAGCGGGUCUGAUCAAGGCUACAUCUCCAAAAUGUCCUCCCAGCAUGAUCGCCCAAUUAAAAAUGAUCCAUUGGUGGCCCUGCGAAUGCUGCAAGAGGAGCUGUUUAAUAAGAAUCUUGGAUAAUCUCCAAGGAACAGAUGCUCACAGUCCAGUAAUGGGUACUAAGCCUUAAAUGACCUGCUUAAACACAAAGGUGUUUCUGUGGCCAGUAAAAAGAUUUUCUGGCUUUAUUAUUUUGGUAUUAUUAUUGUUAAAUAUUAAUUUGAUCAACGCAUGAUUGUCUUGUGAUGCAGUGACUUCACGUGAAUAUUUGCUCAUGUCAGUUUUUCAAUGGCCUGUUAAUUUGUUGCACUCAGUCACAAACAUUGCUCGAGGUAGAUAUGUAGAGGACUCUUAUGUUGUACUUCUUCGCACCAGCACCUGGUGAGCAUUAGAAGAACUGCAGUUGUCAAAGCAGCAACAGCACACUAGCCCAGUUGCGUGCAGUGAUGUCAGUAAGAUGCUAGGCACUGAGUUAUGAAAGCUAGAUUACCUCAUUUGUUGUUUAGGCGCCUAAUCAGGAUGACACAUCGUGUACUACUGUCUCUGUUGCUCGGUCGCAGACACACACACACACACACACACACACACACACACACACACACACACACACACACACACACACACACACACACACACACACACACACACACACACACACACCAGUAGUUAAUGUCCAACAUUAGAAUGCAAUCUUUAUCCUUAAUUAUAAUACUUGAGGCAGCACACUCCGAUAUAGUUGCUUAAAAAUCGCACAGCGGGCAGUUAUGUUUGUAAGUCUGCAACAAUGAAAACGCACAAUGGUCAAUUGAAUAUGAAGGCAAAUGGCUCAUAGUCAGCAUUCAUUCAACUCUUAUCCAUUCAAUAUUAAACCUGCAACACUUUCUGACUCACCGAUCUGUAGAUUAUUUGUACAUAAAAUCCAUCCCCUACUCUUUCUUUUUUUUUUUUUGUACUCUUCUAUACAGGCCUUCGGUUUGCGUAGUCUCUGGCUUUCCGUAACAGAAUGGCGAGGGCAGAAAAACGUGAUUGGCUGGUCCAGUUCCUAUUGUAUGUUUCCUAAAAUCUGUGAUUGAAAUAACACACAUAUUGCAUUUAUAAAUGCUAAUACAAGUUUAUUAAAGAAGAAGGGCCUUCAGUCAACUGUACCAUCUUGAUUUCACCCGGCCCUGACCCUGGAGCUGUCGCUCUGAUCCUGGCAGACUGCCCUAACUCAACGUCUGAUUAACAACAAAGGCCGUUUCACAGGUUUGACACAUCACUUCCCCGGGCAGCUGGGUGUAAAAGAAUUUGAGCUGCUAAGCUAACUGAUGUAUCUACUAGUCUCCUGGUGGCAGGAGGAGGAAGCUUAAGUAUGAUUUGUUUUCUUGUUUCUGUCAUUUUGGAUUUGAUUUAAUAAACUGAAAAAUAUGAACAGA